AUGCCACGCGUCGUUCCAGGUUGGUGGAUGAAUGGUGAGAUGUAUGCGGGGGUGGCAUGGGGGCGACAAGAAGGGAGUUGCUGGCAAGCUCAAGCUUGUGUUGGCAUUGGUGAUCCGACGAGCUGGGUCGGACGAGGGUUCUCCCGUAUCCCGUGCCUUCCUCCCGUGGAACGAAGGAACAGCGGAGCGCGAGGACAGAACAGCUGGAACCAGAACCAGAACGGCGACGACGAGCAAAAAGAAGAAAAGUCAGCCCAUGUGGUGGAGACUGGCGGGCCCGAGCGAGUCCAACACAUGGUCCCUUCGUCUGCCGUUGAUAUCGCCGGGCCUAUCUCGGCCGCCCUCUUGACUAGUCCGCCUGUAAUGCCUUCUCCUCGCGAACCAUCGUCCACACCUUCUGACAUACUGACACAUUUUGCGACGCCUUCAUUGCUGGGUCUAUCUGCCCACUCCAUCCUGCCUUAUCCAAAUGCAUAG